CACAUCCGGACACGCAUUUUGCAAGCUGGCAACGAAGAAACUUGUUGUUGUGAUAUAAUUUCCAGACAAAAAACGUAUUCAUAAUGUCAGGAAAUGGUAGAGGUGCUGCAAGAAACCCAAGCAAGUCGCCCCCAUUUCUAAUUAUUGGACUUUUAGUGGCUUUAGCCAUUUUAGGGUUCAAUUACUGGAAUUUAUCAUCAUCAAACGGUUCUCUAAGUGCCACAAACAUGGAUUUACAAGAUCAGAUCCGGAUUUUGACCUCGAAAAGACUGAAUGAAGAGCAAAGUAAAAGAGAUAUUGAGAGAAAAUACCAAUUAAUUGAACAAAGAAUAGCCACAAAAGAUUCUGAAAUUAAAAAACUGCAGGAAGACGUUGAUAAAAAGGGCGGUGAUGUGGAACGAGCAGAAAAUUUAAAGAAAGAGUGUGAAAAAAAUUUGCAACAAUGUGAGGAUAACAAUACUGGUAUCCAAACUCAGUUAGAAGCAGUCAAAGAUGAAGUUAAGGAGCUUAAAAAUCAACCAAAUGUUUCAACACAAAACUGUGACAGCCAAUGUAAGGAACAGGUUAAGAAGUUAUAUUCUGAAAUGUUCCAGAAGGUUGGAGCAGCACCUAUACAACAGCUGAUCAAUGCUGGGAUUGAUGUGGGAGAUGAUAUAAAGAUACAAGUACAGCAAGCAGCGGGUGCAGGAGGUCAGAAGCAAAUUCAGCCUCCAAAUGCAGGGGAAAAACCUGCUCAACAGCAAACAGGUCAACAACAACAAGGUCAAUCACAACCAGGUCAACAACAACCUGUUCCACCACAAGCAGAUCAACAACAAGCAGUUAAAAAACAGACAGCAAAUAAACCAGAAGAAGAGAUAGGAAAGGACAAUCCUCAGCAACCAAAUACUAAGGUAGAUGGGACAAACCAAGAAAAAGCUGAAAAUAAAACUGUAGGAGAAAAUGUUCCCAAAUCAACAGGAGAUGUCAAGGAAAUGGAACAAAAAGAUAAAAAGACUGAGGUUAAAGAAACCACUGCACCAGGACUUAAGGAUGGUGUACAGAAAGAGAAUGUAGCCAAGACUGUAAAAGAUGAUGAUCAGGGUGCGACAUAUGAUGAUGAAGAUGAUGAUGGCAAAGACACAGGGGAUAAGGCGGUGGAGGCAAAUAAAGACAUUAAAUUUGCACCUAAAAAGACAGAUGAUGACAGUAUCGAUGCCUUAAGAAGAAAUUUGAACAAUGGAGCACAAUAGAAAACAGUAAACAAGGAAUCAGCAUAAUAAAAGAUACCAGUUACCACAUUAAUGAAAUUGAACUAGUAUGAUCUCAUUGUGUAAUUUUGAAAAUAACACAUUUUAUUGAAACAUUCCAAGUUUAGGAAAUUUAGAGUCUUUUGGUAACUGAAUAAUUGAGAUAUGUUUCAAAUAAUGUCUUUUCCUGACCAAGACAUUCAGGAAAACAUUUUUAGAUUAAGAAUAUUUUGAUUAAAUUUGUUUGAUGAAUGAAUAUAUUUCUUCUGCAAAGAAGUAAAUCAAGCUUUUUCUAAUAAAAGGUGUUCCUAGCCCUCAGGAGGAAGAUAAAAGUUAACACAUAUAAAUAUGUUUUAUUAACACGUCUAAACUGUUUAGUAUGGCAGUAGUAGAAUAAUUUUUAAUGAUAUGUUUUUAUCUUUUUGGGCAUUCAUUGAAGUAUUUUGGAAAUUGCAGAAGAAAUAAGAUUCAUUUUGAAAAUAAAAGCCUUAUCGGACAAGCUAGGUGCAAAUUCAAUAACGAUCAUAUCUAUUAAAUAAAUAUAGCAAAUUAAUACGAUUAUAUAUACACGAAUGUAUACAUUAACAUUGUAUAUGAACAAUUAUGUGAUUAUCAAUUCUCCAGAGCAAUAUCAGUUUAAUCCUAAAUUCAGAGAAAACAAAUUUGUUCUCUGCUUUCAUCUUAUUUGUGUAAUAAAUACUCCCCAUCAAGCUUGUCAUGAGGGAAAUAAUUUAUUGUUUUGUUCUGAUCAUGUCAUAAUAUCUUGUUCUCUUCUUACAGAAAAGCAGCGUUAACAGCUUUUUGGAUAACUCUUAUUAUUGAAAUUUAGAAAAGGUUUUUUGUUUUCAUUUCACUUGGUUUUAAUAGAUAAACAAUGAUAAAUAUUAAAGUAAAUGAAUAGUUUACAUAAAACCAUCAUAAAAUCCUGUACCUCAAUUCCAUUUGUAAUUAUACUUGUGUUUUUAAUUUUCAUUCCUUUAUUUACUUAGAUUAAAAAUAUAAAUUAAAUAAGCUAAAAAUUCAGUACCACGUUUAUUUAAGGUUUCUUUUGUUGUCAGAAGUGAACAAGAAUUAUAAAUAGAAAAAUGACGGCUUAUUUAUGCAAAAUAUGUGAUGUGGCCUUUUACUUUGUACAUACAAUGUAUAUAGUCUUUGUAAGAAAGUAUGCUACAAAGAUUGUUAAAAACAAUUGUUGAUUUAGAGGGAGAUAAUCCUUGGUAAAAUUUAGUUAAAAGUAGUGUCUUUUCUUACAAAGACUAUAUUGGUGAAUUGAUAAGUCAAUGUGAAAUUAUUGUUUCUAUAUUUAUUAUUUGGUUAAGUUAUUGAAGUGAAAUAUUGUGGGCUUUUGGUAUUUGAUAACCAUAUAUCAUUACUUGGGAAAAUAGAAAAUUUUAUAGGUUAAAAACUUAAAAGGUUUUGAGUUGUCAAGAGUCAUGCAUUCUGAUAUUUAUAUAUUACAUGUAACAGGCUAUUAUUUGAACUUGGAAUUAUUUUUAAUUAUGGAAUUGCAUAAAUUCCAUGUUCAUUUGGUAUUAUAAUCUUUUGAGUGAUUAAUAACACUUUCCAUACAAUACAUUUUGGUUAGAUAGUGUUGUGCGCGGCACAGUACAUUCUAUUGAAAAUAAACUAUUCAGUACAGAAUAAACAUGGAAUUUAUUAAAAGUUUCAAUAACAAGAAAUCAAGCAAAUUCCAUAAUUGAAAAUAAUUCCAAGUUCAAAUAAUCGCCUGUUAUAUGUUGUUUGCACAUUGAGAGAAGUUUUAAUGAGCCAUUGACUACAGUUUAUGAUCAAAAUUGUAUUUUGUUUAUAGAAAAGAAUUGGAAAUGAUAUACAAAUAACAUAUCAGUAUUUUUGGAUAUUUCUUUAGUUCAGUUUAUUUAUAUGCAAUUCAUUGUUGUAGAUAUUUUUUGAUGUACUAAUCCUGUAAAUGUCUUGUAUUUAUACCAUGUUUUAAUGGAACUUGAUCACUAUCAGAACUGACAAUUCUUGAAGAAGAAAAAUAUGAAAAAAAAUUGUCUUUUCUGCAAUUCAGCAAAUGAAAUGUCCUUCAACGUGAGAGAAACUCAGAAUUCAUGAUUUGAAGGAUUUUAAUGUGUUAAAAUGUUGUAAUAUACAUAGCAUUGUAUCAAACUUGUACCAAUAGUUUAUCAAAUGUAUGAACAAAUGAUUCUCUCCGUAUUCUAUACUCAUUUAUAUCUAUUGAACAAAAUUUUAUUGGAUAAUAUAUACAGAAUCUUUAACUAUGCAUUUUCCUGUCUUUUUGUGUUGAAUGUUAAGUUGUUUGUUUAUAUAGUUAUUUUUAUAUUCUGUGUUAGUGUUGAUUGUGAUAUAAUGUACGGUCCCAAUAAUCCCCCUCCCAUUUUAUUAUUUUUAAUUCAUUGUCAGUUGAAAAUUCAAAUCACGAUUUCACAUUUAACAUUUAUUAGCAUUUGAAAAAAUUUAUCAGUUUUGACUCUACCAAACAUUAUACAAAUGAAUAUUAUUCAAUUAGAGGAAAAAAAAGUGGACUUAAGCAAAUUUUAUUUCUUGUUUUUAUGUUAUAAAUACCCAAAAAAUCUUUUUGAUUUUGAGUGGACAAAAAAUAUCUGUUGCCAUAUUUUUUAGGGAUUUUUUUUUUUAUUAUUAUUAGAUGUUACAAAUGUCAACUGAAAAAUGUAUUUUCUUGCACCCAUUUUACAAUUCACUACUUUUCAACAGAACAAUCAAAUAAAAAACUACCAGACAUAAUCCAAUUUUAUAAUUUGGUUCUAUCUUAACUUUGACUUACAGUGUGUCUAUCCUAUAUAUUGAAAAAAAUAUUGUCCAUCAUCAUUGCAUAUUUUAAGGAGUAAAACUCUGUUCACUUUCAGUGGUAAAUUCAUUGUCAUUCCAUUCAUAUUGUCUCAAGUUACUGACCAGAGAUAUAAUCUUUUUUUAUAUCGUUAUUGCGUAAGAAGAUAAAAAAAAAAUACAUUCCAUAUUUUUUGUAUUGAAGUUUGAUAGCUUACAAUGAAAAUUUUAUUGAGUACAAUAUAUGUGUUAACCAUAAAAGAAAAUUGUAAAAUCUUGCAAUAGCACCUGAAAUUUUAAUAUUGGAAAAAUGUUUCAAUAGGACUCUUGAUGAGAUUUUAAGGUACAUUUGAUGUUUUGAACUAUGUUAUUAACCAAUGGAACCAAAAACUCUUUUCUAAAACAAAUCAUUUGCUCAAUGUGUUCAUAGAACUACGUACAUUUUAGAGGAUUAAAAUGAAAAUUUUAAACCCAUCUCUUAUAUUAUCAUUAUUGAGAUAAUUAAAUAUCAUGAUUUUUACAGAGAGUUGUUUUUAUCUGUGAUGAGAAUCAUCGCUGUUUAGAGGGAAAGAGAAAAAAUGUUUACAUUUCAUAUUAUCUAAAAUAUACUUCUUAAUAUGUUAGUUAUAUUCAUUAUGAUCGUCGGUGGGUGCUUCACUUGGCAGAUAUACUAGUACUGUUAUUUAUUUAUGUUAUCAUUUUUGCUAUGUGGGGAAAUCCAUUUGUAAUAGUUGUAUUCAUUUGUGGGUUUUGAAUUUUAUUAUAUUUUUUUCACUGAAUAUAGAAGACAAUAAAACUUAAUGGUU